AUGGUCAAGAUUGUAGCUUUCGAAUCACGGGAUGUUCGGUUCCCAACAUCACUCGAUAAAACCGGAUCAGAUGCCAUGAACGAUGCUGGGGACUACUCCGCAGCUUACUGUAUCCUAAAAACUGAUGGUCCAUUCGAAGGCCACGGUAUGACCUUUACCAUUGGCCGCGGAAACGACGUAGUUUGCUCUGCGAUCCACCACGUCGCUCAGCGCCUCGUCGGGCACGACCUGUCGGCGCUCACUGCCAACAUGGGUCGUACAUGGCGUCAUCUGGUUGCCGACUCGCAAUUGCGGUGGAUUGGCCCUGAGAAGGGAGUUAUCCACCUGGCUCUCGGAGCUGUGGUAAAUGCGUUGUGGGAUCUAUGGGCUAAGACUGAGGAUAAGCCGUUGUGGAAGCUGGUGGCCGAUUUCACACCCGAAGAGUUUGUGAGGUGUAUUGAUUUCAGAUAUAUUACGGAUGCGAUCACGCCAGAGGAGGCGGUGAAGAUGUUAACAGAAACACUGGAAGGCAAAGACAGGAGAGUAGAAGAGGCGAGUGUGGAUAGAGCCGUGCCCGCCUAUACCACUAGUGCUGGCUGGCUAGGCUACGGCGAAGACAAAAUGCGUAGCCUCCUUCAAGAAACUCUUGAACAGGGCUACAAGCACUUCAAGAUAAAAGUUGGUGGCUCCGUCGAGGAAGAUCGCAGACGCCUCCGCAUUGCCCGUGACAUCAUUGGCUACGACAGCGGAAACAUCCUCAUGGUGGAUGCAAACCAAGUCUGGUCAGUGCCAGAGGCAAUUGAGUACAUGAAACAACUCGCUGAGUUCCGUCCCUGGUUCAUUGAGGAACCAACCUCACCCGAUGACAUCCUUGGGCACGCAGCGAUCCGCAAGGCCUUGAAGCCUUUGGGCGUUGGCGUUGCGACAGGAGAGAUGUGCCAGAACCGGGUCGUCUUUAAGCAGUUGCUGCAGGCACAGGCGAUCGAUGUGUGUCAGAUUGAUGCAUGCAGGAUGGGCGGUGUGAAUGAGGUGUUGGCAGUGCUCUUGAUGGCGAAGAAGUUCGGCGUACCAAUUGUACCCCACUCCGGUGGUGUCGGGCUACCAGAGUACACCCAGCAUCUGUCAACGAUUGACUAUGUGUGCGUAUCAGGGAAACUGUCGCUGCUGGAGUAUGUUGACCAUCUCCAUGAGCACUUCUUGCACCCGUCUGUCAUUAAGGACGGAUACUACACUACACCCAAGGAUCCGGGUUAUUCGGUGGAGAUGAAGAAGGAAAGUAUGGAGGAGUUUGGAUUCCCGAACGGGACAUUCUGGAAGAGUGAGCAAGCAAAGGGUAUCUUGAAUCAUUUGGAUGGUGUUAAGAUCUAA